AUGACUACCCAAGACAACCCAGACAUGCAAGCCAUCCGACAAGCCGACUACAUCCGCUUCAAAAAUUACGCCGCGCUUACCUUCCUCGUUGUCUCGCCGGUGCUCAUCGCCCUACCUCCGCGGAAACUAGACCACCUCACCGUCCUCCUCACCGGCGCUUUCUGCGUCUCCGCGAACCACCUCACCCGCGAACGCACAGGACGCAGCAUCGUCGAGCGCAUCGAGGCGCGCAUUGCGUCCGCGCCAUCCAUCGCCCCGGCGGACCUCCCCAGCCAGCGCGCGCAGGAGGUGCAGGCGAAGCUGCGGGCGGCGCGGGACGCGCAGAUCCGCGAGGGAGGGCUGGUGACCGAGGAGCUGGAGAGGUUGAAGGCGCGGCAGGUGCAGGAGAAGGGGGUCGCGGAGCGGAUUUGGAUGGGUGGGGAGACGGAGGGGUGGAAGGAGAGGCGGCUCAGGGAGGAGCAGAAGGCACUGGAGGAAGGGAAGGGGUAUGGGGAUCUGAUCAAAGAGCAUAUCUGGGAUGUGUGGACGUGGGGGCAGAAGGAUGAGUCGGAGGGAGGAGAGGAGAAAUGA